UUGUUGCCCAUAGCAACAACAACAAUAACUUGAAAAUCCAAAAAAGUUUACUUAUAAUUAUAUUUUAUCAAAUUAAAUAUGGCAGAAGAAUUACAAAAGGCUGGCCUCUAUAUUGACGAUAUUUAUCGUCUUCGUGUUCAAGAUCCUAAAAUUGCAUCCGAAGCAAAUGAACUUCGAGAAGAAUGUCUUGAAUUUGCAACAAAACUUCAAGAUUUCAAACGAUACGCUGAAGAAUUUCAAAAGAUAUUCAAUGAUUUUUCCAAGGAUGUUGAAAAAGAGAGAAUUCGUGCCAUUAGUACUCAAAAUCUUCUAAAAACCAUAGCGAAGCAAAGACAAGCAGAACAACAAAUAUUUCAGAUUCAAUUUAAUUUCAGAGCCAAAUCCAUGAAAAGUCAAUAGAAUUGGAACGCCUCAAAACUGAAUACCAUCACUUGCAAAUGAUUGAAUCAGAGCAGCAAGAAAUAAUCAACAAUUUUGUCCAGAAUCAAUAAAUGAAACAAUCAAACUGAAAAAGACUAACAUUUUAUUAAAAGACUUUCAUAUUCCUUCCAAAAAA